CCGGGAAAACGCUUUGGCGCGGAAUCUGUUGUAUUGGUUCCGCGCUUCUAGAGGAAAACGCAAAUCCUACCUCACACGGCAUAUUUAAAAUAAAUUAUUAAUGGCUCCUGUUUCAAAUUCAGAUAAAGACAUGGACGGUGGAGAUUGUGAUGCAUCUGACACAUGUGGCAUUGCCACCUCGCGUUCCAGGCGAGAGAAAAAGGAGAAAGUGGGACGCAAGUCGGCCCUGGAGCAGCUUAAGCGAGCCAAGAAGGGAGAAAAGGUCAAAUAUGAGGUGGAGGAGUUCACAAGUGUGUAUGAAGAGGUGGACGAGGAGCAGUACUCAAAAUUAGUACGCGAGAGACAGGACGAUGACUGGAUCAUUGAUGACGAUGGGACUGGUUACGUUGAGGACGGAAGAGAGAUCUUUGAUGAUGAUUUGGCAGAUGACGCUCUAGAGAAGGCUUCUAAAGGUAAAGCAGGUGGGAAGGGAGGAGACUCGAAGAAGAACAUCAAGAAAAUGUCCGUCAGUAAACCCAACAGCAUUAAAAACAUGUUCAUGAACAGCAAUGUGAAGAAGCCUGUAGAAAAAGAUGUGGAUUUGUCCAAAGAUGAUCUGCUGGGAGAUAUUUUACAGGAUCUUCACUCUGAGAAAUCAGUUGUGCUUACCCCACCACCUGUUAUCACCUUGAAGAAAAAGAAAAUGCUGGGAUCCCCUAUGAAUCCAUUUUCAGUUAAACCACAGGUGCCAAAGGAGUUACCUGAAGUUCAAAUGUCAAAGCCCAGGCCUGUGGUGACGCGGGCUCCUCCAGCUGAGCCUUCACCCAGACCUGCUGCUCGCAUUUCUUCCAGUAAACCAGCUGCCACACAGCAGAUAAAGAAACCCAAGACAGAGGAACCUAAAGAAGAAGCAGUUGAGUUUGAUGAGAUUGAUUUUGAUGAGCCCAUGGAAGCAGAAAUGGUGGAGGAGGAGGAGCCAGUGAAAGUGAAGGUGGAGUCUGAGUCCCCACCCAGUCUCAAAGUAGAGCCGAAAUCUGAGCCAAAAGAUGAGAUGUUGAUGUCUGAACUGGUUGGUGGCAUGGGAUGGGAAAAGAUGGAGGAGACUGACUCCAUCCAAACUCCGGUCGAGGUGCAAGUAGAUGCCAGUCGAUUACCGCUAGUAGAGGGACCAGAUGGGGAUAUGGUUUUUCGCUUUUACUGGCAAGAUGCUUUUGAGGACCAGUACAGUCAACCCGGUGUGGUAUACCUGUUUGGAAAGGUUUGGAUUGAAUCAGCAAAAGCACAUGUAAGCUGUUGCGUUGCUGUUAGGAACAUCGACAGGACGAUGUAUCUCCUACCCAGAGAACAUAAAGUAAAUCUGUCAACCGGUGAAACGACUGACACUCCAGUCGGAAUGAUGGAUGUGUAUCAGGAGUUCAACAGUCUUUCUGAGAAGUUCAAAAUCAUGAAGUUUAAGUCCAAGCCAGUGACCAAAAACUAUGCCUUUGAAAUCCCAGAUGUUCCUUCACAGAGCGAGUACCUUGAAGUCAAAUACUCUGCUGAGCUGCCCCCAUUGCCAGCUGAACUGAAAGGCUCAACAUUUUCCCACGUGUUUGGUACCAACACCUCCAGCUUGGAGCACUUCCUGCUUAACCGGAAGAUACAUGGACCCUGCUGGCUAGAUGUCAAGACUCCUCAGUUGAGCGGUCAGCCUGUUAGCUGGUGUAAGGUGGAGGCCAUCGCACAGAAAGGUGACCUGAUCUCAGUUGUAAAAGACCUGCCACCCCCACCCCUGGUCAUCAUGUCCAUAAGCCUUAAGACUGUUCAAAAUCCAAAGACUCACCAGAAUGAGAUCGUUUCCUUGGCUGCUCUUAUUCAUCAUACGUUUCCCCUGGACAAAGCUCCUCCACGGCCACCUUACCAAACCCAUUUCUGUGUGGUGAGCAAACCCAAUGACUGUGUCUUCCCGUAUGACUUCCAAGACGCAGUCAGGAAAAAGAAUGGAAUAGUGGAGAUAGCAGGCACAGAGCGGGCACUUUUAGGCUUUUUUUUGGCCAAGAUGCACAAGAUUGACCCAGAUGUUUUAGUGGGUCAUGACAUCUUCGGGUUUGACCUGGAAGUGCUUCUGCAGAGGAUCAACGUGUGCAAAGUACCACACUGGUCCAAGAUUGGCCGCCUAAGAAGAGCCAACAUGCCCAAGCUAGGGGGUCGUAGUGGGUUUGCAGAAAAGAGUGCCACUUGUGGGCGCUUGGUGUGUGACAUUGAGAUUUCUGCCAAAGAGCUGAUCAGGUGCAAAAGUUAUCACUUGACCGAGCUGGUGGCCCAGAUCCUGAAAACGGAGAGGGUGGUGGUGCCUCCAGAGAACAUCAGGAACUUCUACAGUGACUCCCCUCAUCUUCUCUACCUUUUGGAGCUUACCUGGAUGGAUGCAAAGAUGAUUCUGCAAAUCAUGUGUGAGCUGAAUGUGCUUCCUUUAGCAUUGCAGAUCACUAAUAUUGCUGGUAACGUAAUGUCUCGCACUUUGAUGGGUGGGCGGUCCGAGAGGAACGAGUACCUGCUGCUCCAUGCUUUCCAUGAGAAGAACUUCAUUGUUCCAGACAAGCUGUUUUUCAAGAAGCCACAACAAGAUCAUGGUGAAGAUGACGAUGCUGAUCCUGGAAAGAGCAAGUCAAAUAAAGGGAGGAAGAAGGCAGCAUAUGCCGGAGGUCUGGUGUUGGAGCCGAAAGUUGGUUUCUAUGACAAGUUCAUUCUACUGUUGGACUUCAACAGUCUGUACCCUUCCAUCAUCCAAGAAUUCAACAUUUGCUUCACUACUGUAGAGAGGGGAGCUACCAACUCAAGCAAGAAAACUCAGGAGGAGGAUGAUGAGAUUCCAGAGUUGCCAGAUCAAAGUCUGGAGAUGGGCAUUCUUCCCAAAGAAAUCCGAAAACUGGUGGAGCGCCGAAAACAGGUCAAACAGCUGAUGAAGCAACAGGACCUCAACCCUGAUCUUUACAUGCAGUAUGAUAUUAGACAGAAGGCCCUUAAGCUGACAGCUAACAGCAUGUAUGGAUGCCUGGGAUUUUCCUUCAGUCGUUUUUACGCCAAACCCUUGGCUGCACUGGUCACUCAUAAAGGAAGAGAGAUUUUGAUGCACACCAAGGAAAUGGUGCAGAGGAUGAAUCUGGAGGUCAUAUACGGGGACACUGACUCCAUCAUGAUCAACAGUAACAGCACCAACCUGGAGGAGGUCUUCAAACUGGGAAACAAGGUGAAAAGUGAGGUGAAUAAGCUCUAUAAGCUUCUGGAGAUCGACAUCGAUGGUGUGUUUAAGUCCCUUCUGCUGCUGAAGAAAAAGAAAUAUGCAGCACUCAUGGUUGAACCCCAAGGAGAUGGCAAAUACACCACCAAACAGGAACUCAAAGGCCUUGACAUUGUGCGCAGGGAUUGGUGUGACCUGGCCAAAGAGUGCGGCAAUUACGUGAUUGGUCAGAUUCUGUCCGAUCAGAGUCGCGACACCAUCGUUGAGAACAUUCAGAAACAUUUGAUUGAAGUUGGAGAGAAGGUCGCCAGUGGCAGUAUCCCACUCAAUAUGUUUGAGAUUAAUAAGGCACUGACUAAGGACCCCCAGGACUACCCCGACAAAAAGAGUCUCCCCCAUGUUCACGUUGCCCUCUGGAUAAACUCUCAGGGUGGCAAGAAGGUCAAAGCCGGUGACACAGUGUCUUACAUUAUCUGUCAGGAUGGUUCAAACCUACCAGCCAGUCAGAGGGCGUACGCUCUGGAACAGCUGCAAAAACAGCAAGGUCUCAGCUUGGACACCCAGUACUACCUGUCCCAACAGGUGCACCCUGUGGUGGGCCGCAUCUGUGAGCCCAUCGAGGGUAUUGAUGCAGUGCUUAUUGCUACGUGGCUGGGGCUUGACCCAAGUCACUUUCGAGCUCAGCAGCAGCAUCAGCGAGAGGACGAGGGGGACAAUUUCCUGGGUGCACCGGCCCAGCUUACCGAUGAGGAGCGCUACCGUGAUUGCGAGAAGUUUACUUUUUCCUGCCCUGAUUGUGGCACAGAAAACAUCUAUGACAACGUCUUUGAAGGGACGGGAAGCGCAUUAGAGCCCAGUUUGAAGAGUUGCUGUCACAUCCAAUGUAUGGGCAGCGUGUUGGACCAUCCUAUUCGAAUAAUGAACAAACUGCAAUUGGACAUUCGCCGCCACAUCAGGAGAUACUACAGUGGUUGGCUGCUUUGUGAGGAUCAGGCUUGUCAGAACCGAACCCGUCGGCUUCCCAUUGCAUUUUCAAGGUCUGGGCCGAUCUGCCCUGCCUGUCUCAGAUCCACACUGAGACCUGAGUAUUCUGAGAAAGCCCUCUACAACCAGCUGAGCUUCUACAGAUACAUCUUCGACUGGGAUUAUGCCAUCAACAAGGUCCUGUCAGUGGAGGAUAAACAGAGAUUCAAGAUUGGCUGGAAAGAAGAAAAGGAAGUGUACAGGAAGCUGAAGGAUGUAAUUGACAACGUCCUGGCCACCAGUGGAUACUCAGAGGUCAACCUCGCUAAACUUUUCCAAGCUUUUACAACUCUCAAGUGAAGACCAACUAUUUUGAAGAGAACUGGUGUGUCAUAAUAUUUAUGUCGCAUCUGGGCUGCUCGUCUGCCCUAAGUGGUUUGGACCUGUUGGUCUGCUAGAACCCUUACAAGGCCGAAAAGUUGACGUUUUCUCUCUUUCUGUUGCUUUGAUCUUUCAAAUCCUGUUUGUUGUAAAUACACAUUGUGAUUUUGUAAUGUAUGCUGAUUUCUAGCUCUUUCAUUAUGAUUGUAAUCUAUGGCACUAUUUUGUGGCUGACGGAUCGGCCACCAAUUAAGGUCAGAGGUAACGCGCUAACAGUCAUUCUAGAUGUAAUCACCAAACCUUUCCAUGUUUGAGCACCUGUCACUUGCUCUAAUCUGUGUUCUUGUGUUCCAUCCCAUUUAGCCUUUGUCCCGGUCUAAUCGAUGAUGAAUCUGUGGUAAAAUGGCCACGAUAAGGGGCUAAAGACACUCGCAGCACAGCCCCCCCUCUAUUGGUACCACCACACACAGGGUUUUUACAGAUAACAAUCAGGAAUAAUGACAGGCAAGUUCAUGGGGGGCUUGUAGCUAUUUGAAGGGGUCUUAGUUCAGUAAUGACUUCUCUACUACCCCCUUCAUUUUUAACAGCACUGCAAUUAGCCAAUGAUACAGAGGGAUUUGUAGAGUUUCGAGCGAUUGUUUGAACUCUUCUCGUAAAUUUUGCUUGCGUCAGUGCCUAAAAGCUGAUUUAUGUCGUUGUGUUAUGUAUCUAAUGUCUAUUGCUUAUAUAACCGAUUGUCUUAAUUGUUUUUUUGAUACAGAAACCUCAAUAAAAGUAUUUCAUAAGACUCA